UUCAUGUGUAUUGUAUUUCUGUAAAGGCGUGCAAUAGCGGCACUUUUGCAGAAUCCGGAAACAAAGCUGCUCAGGCUAAGCCAAAUGCAGUCCUUUUUUUAAAAAAAACUGACCCUUUGUGUGAUUUUUAAAUACACUUUAAUAACUAGCGUUGUUUGUUUACAGCUUUUAAAAGGAACACAGAUUUUGUGAGGAUUAGUUGGCUAUUCGAUCUCAAAUUGACAUUUUUUGAAUGUGUGUUUUUCUUGUAAAUUGUAUUCCAUUCUGAAAGUUUCCUAUUGCCAAGCUCUAGAAUAUUUGGACAUGUUGCAUUGAUGUGAAAUUACAAGACUUGUGCUGUGAUGGAAUGCCAUAGUGUUGCUUUGUCUGUUUAGAACAGAAACUCUCCCUCCUCCAUAGUAUGGCAGCGGUGGACAGUUUUCAACUACUGUACUGGCAGGUUGCCAGGACGUGUAAUGUCUACGCUGAUGCAUUAGCUGUUCUGGGAGCAUGGUACGUGACAAAGAAAGGUAUCCGCUUUGUCUGUGAUCUCUACAACAUGGUCAGACUCCAUUUCAUCCCGAGAUUGGUGGGCAGGAGAUACCUGCUCAAACACUAUGGCAAGUGGGCCAUGGUAACUGGUGCAGCAGAUGGGAUUGGUAAAGCCUAUGCUGAGGAAUUGGCUAGGCAAGGAGUUGACCUGAUUCUCAUUGGCUUUAAUCGAAACAAGCUGGAAGCCAUGGCCACAGCCAUUACAGAAAGGUUUAAUGUUGAAACUUAUGUCUUAGAAGCUGAUUUUACUAAAGGACGGGGAAUUUACCCACCAAUUCAAGAAGCUCUGAAGAAUAAGGAAAUCGGUAUUCUGGUGAAUAGUGUGGAUGUGCCCACUGAUUAUCCAGAGUUUUUCUUAAAUGUUUCUGAGGACAAACUCUGGGAUCUCAUAAAUGUGAAUAUUGCUGCAGCCAACAUGAUGAUUCACAUUGUGCUACCAGGAAUGGUACAAAGGAAGAAAGGAGUGAUUGUUAAUAUCUCUUCAGGGUAUUGCUGUAAGCCAACACCACAGAUGGCUGCAUACUCAAGUACUAAGAUGUAUUUGGACCAUUUAAGCAGAGCUUUGCACCGUGAAUAUGCACCCAAAGGAAUCUUUGUUCAGAGCUUAUUGCCAUUUUCUAUAACAACUAAAGGAGACAGGCAUAACGAGGGUCUACCUUUCUUCUCCUGGCUAGCACCGUCACCCAAUGUUUAUGUACGUCAUGCAGUUUCAACCCUCGGAAUAUCCAACAGAACACCAGGAUAUUGGAUGCAUUCAAUUCAGUUUUUAUUUGCCCAGUACAUACCAGAAUGGCUGUGGAUUUGGGGAACUACUCAAUGAACAAUAGAUCAUUUAAAUGUGCAACACACAAGUUGUAAACCAAGGACACGCUGGUUCUCAGAAAACUAUCUUGAUUUACAGUACCGCUCACAACCAGGAGUUUGUUUAAACAUGAAACAGUUGUUUAUCGUUACUGUAAGAUAUCUAUUAAAUUGUUGCUCCAUUUUGAAAUUCGAAGUGACAAACAACAUAUCACUUUUACACCUUCAAGAGCUUCAGAGUGAAAAUAUUACAUGUAUUAUAAUAGUAUCAUAAUUACAGAUAAGUUGUCAGCUGCUACCAAGCUAAUGCCAUGUAAAUUAAUUGCCUCAUCAGUUUAAUUCGGCAAAUGGGUAAACUAUACUGGUUAAUAUCCUAAAUUCAAAAUAACAUACUUAGGCAUAGUAAUCCUCCAAAUUCUGACUAUUCCCUGGUAGAAAUAAAAGUUCUACAAGGAAAAAUUGCAAUGAAGGAUCUUUGGUGGGCAGAGUUGGGAUAAUAAUGGGGUGAUAAUACACAUUAGCAAGGUGUUUUCACCCACAGAACUGCCACUUGCUGGAUUUUUUUUUUGUUUUUCACACUAUUCUUUGUAAACUCUAAACCCAGGGGUUCCCAACCUUUUUUAUGCUAUGGGCGCCCACUGAUGAGUCCAUGAACUGCAGUGUAGGAAUCCUUGCUAGAUACUGUUGUGCAUGAAAUCCCAAGGAGGUCAGCAAUUUAUGAGGUAAUCAAACCACUCCAUCUAGCAACGACAAUCAUUUCAUGGUCCAAGGCAUUUGGAUCACAUUUCUUCCCCAUUCUGAUGUUUGGACUGAAGGACAACUGAACCUCUUGAUCGUGUCUGCAUGGUUUUAUGCAUUGAGUUGCUGCCCCAUGAUUGACUGAUUAUAUAUUUGAAUUAACGAGCAGUUAUAACUAAUAAAGUGGCUACUGUGUGUAACUUUCAAACAUUCUUAGAUUUUAAACCAGUUGCUUGAAAAUGUCAAAAUUUACAAAUUCAGGUGUCCGCCUAUGUUGCUUGUGAAGAAAUACUAUUUCAAGAACUUUUUGUAAAAUGUAUAUAUUUCAGAAUUGCCUAUUGAGUAUCCUCUAAGUAUGUUUAAGUAUUUGCCAUAAUUGUGUUUUCAUAAGGAAUGAAAUAUCUGAAGACAGUAGUUAUUGGAACAUAAAAUGGCUGAAGAGUUCACAUUUUUCAUUGACUGUUUCUCUGGCAUUGAAUAUAUUUUAUGUAUUUAAAAUAUUUUAUAUUUAAUGUAUUUUUACCAUUUUUGCCAGUCAACUUAAUUGUCAUUUUGGAAAAGCUUUAUUUAUGUACCACUGAAUGAUGUGUGCAAAGUGAUAUUGUCUUAUUCUGUGGUGCUUUUGGCUGGGUUGGCUUACAUAAUUAAUAUCACAUUGGGAAGUAGUGAGCAUUUAAAAAGUUUGAAUUGUUCUAGUUAAUAUUGGCUGCCUUGAAUGAGAAACUUUUCAGUUCAUUUGAGGUCGUUCCAGUAGUGAUUUUUUUCUUUUAAUAACUUUUCACAAUGUAGAUAAAUGUUUGUGUCCCUUCGAAUCAUAUGAAAUAGGCAAUGAUGAUGCCUAUUAUAACCAUAAUUUGAUUUAUUGUAUGCAGUGUGCAGUUUUUAAAGUUAAAUUACUAAUUGGAAAAUACGUUAUUUGUUGGUGUUAAAAAAUUUACUGUGGUAUUUGUAGCAAAGAAUAUUCUAUUAAAAUCCGUAUUCUGAUUGCACAACUUGGUCCUGUCACAGAUGGUGG